GGCCGAUGAGCGGUGAAACUGUGAAACGCUCAGGCAUUUAUCCGGGACAGCCUCCUGGGUCCUUUCUCGCUGCCGGGGACUGCGGGAGGCUGGCCCUUCCUUCUCCCGGCUGGAGGCUGCUCAAGAGCUGCGGUUGGGUCACCGCUUCAUGUUUCUCUGUCGAUUCUGGGGAAAGAUGGCAACUAAUGAUGCUGUUCUGAAGAGGCUGGAGCAGAAGGGUGCAGAGGCGGAUCGGAUCAUCGAACAUCUCAAGCAGCAGGUUGCUCUUCUUAAGGAGAAAGCAAUUUUGCAGGCAACAUUGAGAGAAGAAAAGAAACUUCGAGUUGAAAAUGCUAAACUGAAGAAAGAAAUAGAAGAGCUAAAGCAAGAGCUGAUUCUGGCAGAAAUUCAUAAUGGAGGAGAGAAAAAGGAGAAGCAGCAGUCGGCAGCAGCAGCAAGUGCUGACUCCAAGCCUAUGGAUGUGUCGCGCCUGGAUCUUCGAAUUGGUUGCAUUGUUACUGCCAAGAAACACCCUGAUGCAGAUUCACUGUAUGUCGAGGAAGUAGAUGUGGGAGAGGCAGCCCCGCGCACAGUCGUCAGCGGGCUGGUGAAUCAUGUUCCUCUAGAACAGAUGCAAAAUCGGAUGGUGGUUUUACUCUGUAAUCUGAAGCCUGCAAAGAUGCGGGGAGUUCUGUCUCAAGCCAUGGUGAUGUGUGCCAGUUCACCAGAGAAAGUGGAGAUUUUGGCCCCUCCCAACGGGUCCGUUCCUGGGGACAGAAUUACUUUUGAUGCUUUUCCUGGCGAGCCUGACAAGGAGCUAAACCCUAAGAAGAAGAUCUGGGAGCAGAUCCAGCCUGACCUGCACACCAAUGCUGAGUGUGUGGCCACAUACAAAGGAGCUCCCUUUGAGGUGAAGGGGAAGGGAGUUUGCAGGGCCCAAACCAUGGCCAAUAGUGGAAUUAAAUAAGUGCUCUGUAACUGAAAGACAUUGGUGAAACCUUAAUAACAAUAAAGAGAAGUGUGUUUAUCACUUACAUAUAAAA